UCCCCCAAUGAUUUUUCCAUCCCAAUGGAACUAAUGAAAUGUUUAUAUAAUAUCAUCAAGGUGAUCUUGAAUAUAAGAUUUGAAUAUCAGAAUAACUGUUCAUGGCUACUAGCAAGUAGCAAUGGAGUGAUUGAGAGAAUUUUCUUAUAAGAACUUAUUUUUAGUAUUUCUUUUCUUAUAUAUGAGUCAGUACGUAAAUUGUAUCAUAAUAUGGCGUCAGCAAGAGUAUUAAAUCAAAUUCUUCAGAGAAGGCACUUGAUUACCCACGUACCAAACACCUCCUAUUGUCUUAGUAUUGUUCCUAGCAUUAAACACAGUGUUUGUUAUUCGACGAAGAAAUCUGUAACUAAGGUAAACUCCAAUGAAACUAAUAAUCAGGUACAGAUUGGCACUGCAAAAGUAGUUAAAGAAAACUUGAAAUCUGCUGGAUAUCUUGGAGUAAUAAUAGGUGGCAUUGGAGUUACUGCUUUUAUGUUCUAUGCCCUAUUUUCGGAGCUAUUUUCCAGCAAAAGUCCAUACUCUGUUUACAGUGAAGCUCGUGUUCGUUGUAUAGAACAUCCAAAGGUCAUGGAUAUUCUUGGAGCACCUGUAAAAGCUUUUGGAGACGAAACUCGACGUGGACGUAGAAGACACAUCACUCAUACAUAUUACAUUAAAGAUGGCGUGAAAUAUAUGAGAAUAAGAUUUUAUGUAAAAGGAACGAGAAGACAGGGGACAGUAUAUGCAGAAGUGAAAGAGAAUGCAUCUGGCAAUUACGAAUAUUCAUAUCUGUAUGUUACGGUCAAUCAUGUUGGAACAAUUGUGAUAGAGGACAACCAAGAUACCGCUAAAACGCAGCAAGAUGACAAUUCUACAAUGGAUUUUAACUUCCUAUUGAAUAAUCAUAAAAUGACAGAAGAGUGUUAAAUGUCAAUUAAUUAUUGCCUCUCAAGCAAGACGUGGAAGCUGAUUAAGAUUUCUCAAAUAAAAGCUGCAGUCAUUCAAUUCAACCAGGAAUAUAAUGUUUCUUUUUUAUGUUAUAUUUUUCUGAUUAUGUAAUAGUUAUUUUCACUAUAUGGAGUCUGUUUUUCUCGGUUCUUGCGACAUUGUUUAUUUAGGAGCUUUCAUCAUUUUGUACUUCUACACUUAUUCUAAAUUUGACUGAGAGAGUAAUAGGAGAAGAUUCAUAAGUAUCCCGGCACGUCCGCCAUGGAAACUGAACUGACUUACGAAAUUCAGAGAACAAAUUCCUGCGUGACGUGUUGCGUAAGAGCUAAAAAUAUGUAUUAUCCUCGCUAUCAUUUACUCACGCUGUUGCGCGCGUCUAUAUUAGUGUGCCUUUUAUCAGACGCUAACUG